GGCGCUGUUUUCGUCCGGAGCAGAAUCAACGAUGCACAGCGUCGAGCAAACGAUUUGCCUGCGACGCGGGGUAUUGUCAACAAACAUCGCAAGGCGCCACUAGUUGAUGUAUGUAUCACGUUAUACACUUUAACACAAAUGUAAAAUUGAAUAUUACUUGUUAUUCAGAAGUUUCAUGUCUGUUCCGUUUAUUUUUUCUACAGGUAUAGGAAACCGCUUCACUCGAAACACCGGAGAAGUAGCACCACACAGUGUUUAAUGUCAUGUACGUUUUCAGCAUCUGUUACUAAAUGUUAUAAAUUUUGUUAAAAACCCACCAGGCAGUUAAAAGUUAAUUUCUGUUUUAAUAAUUUGAUGUAAAAAGUCGUCGACAGAGCUGACAUGGCCUCUAGCAACACUGUAGACAUGGACCCAGAUGUCGCCCGGAGGCUGUUUGAGGAGGGGGCCACCUUGGUACUGCUGGGGGUCCCCCAGGGUACAGAGCUGGGGAUUGACUGCAAGAGCUGGCAGGUCGGUCCCCGCUUCAGGGGUGUGAAGAUGAUCCCUCCUGGCCUUCACUUCCUCUACUUCUGCUCUGUCAACUCGCCGAGCUGUGGAGGAGAAAUCGGCCCAAAGACAGGACUAUUCCUCAAUCUCAAACCUAGACAGAUCUUAUUGGCUAAUUGGGACCCCAAAGAAGAAGAUCUGGACUUCAGAGCCUCCCAGGAUGAGGAAGAAGUGAACCGGACGAGGGAGAAUUUGCGGGACCUGGAUCCUUUCCUGGGGCCUUAUCCGUAUGAGGUGAUGAGGAAGUGGGUGUCCUUCACUGACCGUCUGAGCGAAGAGGUGGCCAACAGCUUACAGCCGCUUUCGGGUCGAAUUUGCGCCUUCAGUGAUGUCAUUCCUGAGCUUCAAAUGAAACACACCAAAGACAGGGCCGAGCAGCCGAGGAACGACACGGCCUGUCAGAGUAUGAAAGAAGGGCUAGACCGGCUCCCGAGGAUGAAGCAGAGGGAGGGGACGGAGUUACGCUUCUCUGUUAUCCCCAAGAAGACUUACCCGCCUGGGGCAACACCAGCAGAGAUCACCCAGUGCAGCCUGGACCUCAGCUACGCCCUGGAGACUGUGCUUGAGAAGAACUACAAGCUGCAGCCCCUUAAUCUCUUGGGUACGUUGAAUUCAGUAAUAAAAGACGACCAAUACAGCCUAUGAUUUAGACUUGAACACAUCACCGAUGUUUCUGUCUCUCUCUUACCAGGCGAGCUGCAGUUUGCCUUCGUGUGUUUCCUGUUUGGAAACGUGUACGAAGGUUUCGAGCACUGGAAGCAACUCCUAACUCUGCUCUGUCGCUCAGAAGAGGCGAUGAGGAAGCACAAGGAGCUCUACUUGGGACUCAUCGCUGUGCUUUACCACCAGCUCGGAGAAAUCCCACCUGAUUUCUUUGUCGACAUUGUGUCUCAGGACAACUUUCUCACCUCGACGCUUCAGGUAGAUGCUCAACUUUCCUGACCAUGAAGCUCUUACAAGCAAAUUAGUGUUGCAUCUUUAUCAGAAUGCACAAACAUCAACACCUUCACUUUUUAGACUUCUAAAGAUCUGAAUAAGACAUGAGAAGUAAAGUUUGCUAACAUAAUUCUUUAGAUUCAUUUUGGGUCUUUCCCCCUCUAUUUGAUAGGACAGCAUGAUGAAAGACAGGAAUUAGGGGUUUCUACUUACCAACGCUCUCAAGAGUUACAUGGUGGUCCCACCUGUCUAGAUUUUCUCACAUCCAUCAUCAAGCUCUUAUUUUUCGGAUUAACUUUCUUUAUGGAGAAAAGUAACUGUAUAUCCAUGAAGUUUUGAGAGGAGCUGUCUUGACUUGAUUUGAAUUCCCAGCAGGGAGCAACUGAUGUGGAAAACACUCCACUUCGGGUGGAAGAAUACAAUAAGAGACACUGCUUUUGAUUUAAGAGGCAAAGUCAAGAAUGUCAACAUAUAAACUUACAAGUAGUUAAAGUGCUUGAUUUAUUUUCCCGCAGGAUUUUUUCCAGUUUGCAAGCGGACCCGGCGUAGAUGGAACUCUGCGAAAGAGGGCGGAGAAGUUCAAAGCUCACCUGACCAAGAAGUUUCACUGGGAUUUUGACGCAGAUUUGGACGAUUAUGCUCCUGUGGUGGUGGACCUGCCUGAAGGUGUUACAGUGGACUGACACUAAGCUUUGUGUGAGCUGGAAAUGAUCUGACACUGAACAGAGGGUCAAAAAUCGAGAUUUAGAUUUAGUUUCAGUGACACCGGUACUUCUCUUGAAGCAAGUAUGCAAACAAGUUGUGAUUGCUUAACUGUUACAAUUACAGCUCCAAGGAUAAGAAUAUGGUGAAGUUUUUGUUUUUAUAAUUUAACUCUCAAAAAUAAACUUUCAUACUGUAUCAUUUCUUUUCUUUGGAUGCACAGUGAAGUAUAUCAUUCAUUUUGUUUAAACGUUGAUGAUUUCAGCUCAAAGCCAAUGAAAAAAAGGAAACAGCAUUUCAAAUUAUUAGCAUACUUCCCAAAAUAAUCCAAAAAGUUUUAAAAUUUAUAUAAUGUUCAAAAGAUUGUUCAUCUAGACUGUUAGUACUUGGUUGGAGGCUUCUUUACAACACUACAUCAACAACUCAUGACUGAAACCCAGGUUAGAUGGCUGGUCAAUCACAGUUGUAGUAUAGUCAUCAAACUGUUUUGAAGGAAUUUUGUCACUGUGGGCAGGUAAGGAAACCACUAUUUCCAUACAGCUUGUCAGCAGAUGGAAGCAUGAAGUGCUUUAAAAUCUCCUGGUUGACUUCGGACUUGACAGUUAAUAGUAGACGGACACCAGCAGAUGGCAUAGUCCCCUAAAUCAUCACAGACGGGAAACUUAAGUAAUAAACCUUUAUGUGAGAAGAGGA